CAACAUUCAUAAGUUAAAAAUGCCUUAUAUUCUCAGUUUACAUUAAAGUGUGAAAUUGAAGAGAAAAGUCAACUUUUUUAAUCGCUAAUAGCUUCCUUAGCAAAUUCAAAAAAACAUGCCCACAUCAAUAGACGUGUUUGCAUGAUUGUUCUUGUAUGUGAGGUGUGUCACUAAAAGGUCAUCAGCAGAGUAAAUUUUUACAUGAUGUUGCUCUUUGGUUCCUCAUCUUGAGUUCAAAUUUUGCAGUUGAGAUCAAAUUCACUAUUCAGAUAUGAUUAGCUGAUUGACACUGGUAUUUCAUGUUGACAGAGCCACAAUGUUAAUAUUUGUGAGCAGAGCUAUCUAUGAGAUCACAUGAUGAGUCACAGCCAGUACAACUCUCACGGUGCUGCUCGUCUUCUCAGCUUCACAACUUUGCAAUUGUUUUACAUUGUAAAUAUAAUGUACACAUCAAUAUAAAUCAAAGGCUAUAGUAUAGACAACCCAAUCUCAUGAAAGUGUGCUAGAUACGGGUAAGUGAUGGAUUUUAUGAAGCUUUUAUGAAAUACAAAAGAUGCAUUAGCCUACUCUUAUCUGUAUGAUUAAAAAUGACAAAUAUUUUAUGAGAAAAUGAUUGUAGCGGUGCCUCCAUCUGUCACACAGGAGCCCAAGCACACUGUUCAGCUUCCACACUCCGCACAACAUGCACACUUUUUUUCUAGACUAACAUUAGAUUGAGCUGCCAUGUAAAGUUACUACAUACAUAUCUCAGAUGAUAAACCAUACUUGAGGUCGAUGAAUGUUAGCAUAUGGAUGCCCUGCCCAAUGUACUAUAGACCAGUGGUUAAGGAUUUGUCCAUCAUGGGCAGUGAUUUCACAACUUCAUGUGGAAUUUUUUUUUCUCCUGUGACUAAGCAACUAAUACAAAUUUGGUAAUGUGCAUAUAAACAGCCUUUUAAUUAGCAGAAAAAUCAUGGCAAGACAUGCAAACAAAAGAAAACCAAACUGGACGCGAGAACAUAUAUUAAUCAAACAUUUUGGAGUUGGGGUAACCUCCAAACCAAACCAAACCAAUUAGAAAAAGUGUUUCUAAAAUGUGUAUAUUCCAAGGUAGAUUGCUAUAGCAACAGCCAUUUUAGGAUAGUUCAGAUUUGGCCUUAGUGGCUUAGGAGUCCUCUUCACUACUCCUAAUGUUUCACAGAUUUAGGAGCUAAUUUUAGCACAAAGAUGCUUUGUGAAAUUCCCUUAGAGCAAAAAUUUUGGAGUCUAUUACAGCACCACCUGCAUCCCAUUGUAUAAGUCUAUUUAAGUGCAGUAACUGGUGUCUCAUGUUGUCAGAUCGUUGUGGUUCUUCCCUGUGUUCUGUUCCCUUGCUGUGUUGGAUCGUGGAUUCCCUCUUUGUUCUUCGUUGUGUCUUCCUGUACUCAGCUAUGUGUCUCAUACACACAUUAAUGAUUUCAGGUUGAAUUCACAAACAUUCUAUUACAAUUACUAUUACUGUAACUCUUACUAUUGUGAUAACACUUUCACUGUAUUUAAUGUCAAGACAGAUUCCUUUGGGUUUACAGACAAAGUUGGCAUGAAAAAACAGUUGUAACUGACUUUGCUAAUUUAUUAUGAAAUGAUCAAAUCUGAGUAUUACUGGCGGCCUUGUAUAUGCUAUAUGGAUAAAAGGAUUGGAACACCUGACCUUUAGACCGACAGGGAUUGUAUUGGCAUUGCAUUCUAAAUACAUUAAUAUGGAGCUGGUCCCCCAUCGCUGCUAUAACAACUUCCACUCAUUAGGGAAAGCUUUCCACAGGAUUUUGGAAUGUUUCUGUGGGAAUUUUUGCCCAUACUUUCAGUAGAGUAUUUGUGAGCUCAGGCAUUGAUAUUGGACGAGAAGGCCUGGCUCACAAUCUACAUUCUAGUUUAUCCCAAAGGUGCUUGAUGAGAUUGAGGACAGGGCCCUGUGCAGGUUCUCAUCCAAAAACUCCAGCAUAUUUAUUUGCUAGACAUGACUGGAACUUUAAAUGGGACUGGGUUCAAUGGUCAGUUGGAAAAAAAUAAAUAAAAAAAAUAGCUUUUUAGCAGCAAACACUUAAGAUGGGUUUGGUGCACACAAGGUAAAAAAAGUGUCUUAUUUGUACAGUGAAAUAUACUGCUAGAUCUUUAAUGUGCUGGAUCGCACUACAUCCGACACUUGGCAUUGUACUUGAUGAUGUGAGGCUUGCAUGCAGCUGCUUUGCCAAGGAAACCCAUUCCAUGAAGUUUCCACUGCACAGUUUUUUGGUGAUAUUAAUGCCAGUGGACAUUUGGAACUAUUCAUUUUAAACUUUUAAAUACUAGGUAUAUGUGUAUUAUAUAAAAAUGAUAUACACACAGAUAACUCACAAUAAAAGCACUAACAGGGAUUAAGAAAAUUAUACAUUCAGUAAACUGAGGAAUCAUUUUCUUUAAACUGAACUGCACCUUAUACUGAAGGCUUAAUAAAUGGCUCCAUAGCAUUCACAAAUCAAAUCUGUUGGAAGAAAUUCAAUCAAUUGUAUCUGUAGUUUAUGUUUGCACUGCCUGUUAACUUUUCACGUCACUCUCUAUGCAAAAGCUCCUCGUGUAUGAAUUUCAUUCCGCACGCUGUAGCCUCAUUUAAGCUCUGCCCACUAAAAUAUCACGUCCUGUCUGAAUUUAUAGCGCCAUUGUCUCAGCCUCACAGCGCCUCAUCAUUUCCGCAUUUGGCUGCAGGAAUGGUUAGGAGCAGCACAGCCAUGAGACCAACGCCGUUCUCCGUUUUUAUGUUCGCGAUAAUUACAUUAACGGGAUAUAGUCAGGUUUCUGGAAAAAAUGAAGAAUGUCCUGCAGAGCAGGAGACCUCAUGUGAGAGUCUGCGCACGACUGAGGGAUUCACUUACCCCGUGCCCUUGAACAUCCCAACCGGAGACUGCGAAUAUUCGUGGCAUCUGGUGAAUGGAACAUGUGUUGCUCAUUCAGAUGGGAAAAAGUUAAGACCUGUUGUGGCUAUGACGUCCCAGAAUGUGACAGUAAGCGCCUGCGAGGACCUGCAGUGGCAACUUCACUGUGACGACAUUCAGUUUCACUGUACUAUCAAUUACACAGUUACAGGCCUUGAGAGAACACAAGAUGGCAACCAUAAUGACUAUAUUUCAGCUGGUUUACCUGGAUGGGGUACUGCUUUAAUUGGGACUGUCAUUGGGAUCGGAAUGGUUGUUGGAUUGAUUGCUGUUUGGUUUCAUCAUCGAAACAAGUCAAGAGGUUAUAGAUCUGGAUCUUAACCAAAAUUUAACCAUUAUGCUAUUGCCAUUGCCACUUAUUGUUGCACUUAUCUAUAAUUUUACUGUUUUAAUAGCUUUUAGCAUAUCACAGCUUUAAGACUCUAGUGCUAGUUUGUCUUUUUUAAUCUAAAAGUAAUUUUCACACAUAACUACUGUGAGGAUGGCACUGACACAAAAUGAAAAGUUACAUAAUCAAUUACUGAAAUAAGGAUAAUGACAAAUUAUUAGUUUUAACAUAACACUAUAAUAUAUAUAAACCAUAAAUAUACUAACUACAUGUACCCUUUUUUUUCUUGAAAAAUAUUAGUAAAUAUCUCAUUAUGGUGAUGAUGUGAAAACCUAUAGAGAUCACUGAGAUUACAUAAUUAGUACACAAAUUAAGGUAAAGGUUUAUUUUUAAGUUCUACUUAUCAAACAGACAUUAUAUGGACACUAAGGGGAACAUGUAUGUUUAGCGUGUACAGUACUGUGCAAAAGACAGUUAUCUCACUCUACCGGCAGAGCUACUCUAAAAGCUAUGUCAAAGGCAAUGGGUGGUCAUAUACAAGAUUUUUGGUUCCACUUCAUAUUAAGUGGCCUUAACUACUAUGUGCUUAAAUAAAAACAAUAAGUAAAAUGUACUUAUUAUGUUCAUAUUGUAUUGCUAAACACUUGACAUUGAAGUGGGAUAUGAGUAAGGUUAGGGACAGGUUUGGAGGUUUGGGUAGGUUUAAGGGUGGGUCAAGGUGUAAGGGAUGGGUCAACAGUGUAAUUAUAAAUGUAAUAACACAAAUGAAUUACAGAU